AUGGAAGCUCAAAAACAGCUGAUUGAUACUUUAAAAUCAGCAGGGUUCCCAUUAAAAAAGAUAACGGCAAAUCAUCCAGAUUUGUUGUCUCAGAUAUCAUCUGAUGAUUUAUUGAACACAGAAUUUUUGAAACUCUAUGAUUCAAGUUCAACAAAAACUUUGGGGAUUCGAUGGAAUGCUAUAAGUGAUUCCUUCACUUAUAAAGUAGAACAAUUAAAUUCGACAUCAUCUUCAACAAAACGGCAGAUUCUCUCUGCUGUUGCUAAACUUUUCGAUCCCGCAGGAUGGCUUACGCCUAUUAUUAUUCAAGCCAAGAUUCUUUUACAAGAAUUAUGGCAAGACGGGGUCGGUUGGGAUGACGAGGUCAAACCACAAUUUCUUGAUAAAUGGAAAAUAUUUGUUGAUAGUUUUCCUACUAUCGAAUCCAUUGAAAUUCCAAGAUGGAUCCACUACCAUCCUCAAUAUAAUAUCCAAAUACAUGGAUUUUGUGACGCUUCUGAGCAGGCUUAUUGCGCUACACUAUAUGUGGUAUCCGAGAACUCUGGUAUUCGGUAUUCACAUCUGCUUUCUGCUAAAAGUAAAGUUGCCCCCUUGCAACGGAUAAGUUUACCUCGACUUGAGUUAUGCGGAGCUCUUCUGCUUUCCAGACUCGUAAAGCAAGUACUUACGAACCUUCCAAUCUGCAGCCCAAAGCUUUACUUAUGGUCAGACUCAACCAUUGUUUUAGCUUGGCUACAAAAACCUCCAUCAGUCUGGAAAACGUAUGUAGCUAACAGAACAACUCAGAUUAUAGAGAAUGUUGGUAAUGCCAGUUGGAAUCACGUUCCAACGGAUCACAACCCAGCUGAUCUUGGCACUCGCGGUUGUAAACCACAAGAUCUUGUUAACAACCUAUUGUGGUGGUAUGGACCAAUGUGGCUCUUGGACUCCCAAGCAAAUUGGCCCAAAUAUAGUUCUCUACCUGACGCUCUUCCGGAAAAAAGGAGGAUUUCAGUCUGUUUUUCAACACCGGCUGACAACAGUCUAAUCGAUAGAUUCUCCUCUUAUCCUCGAGCUCUUGCUGUUACAGCUUACGUGCUCAGGUUUAUUAGCCUUACGGAGCUUAAAGAAUCAAAAGUUAUGCUGAUCAAACUAACUCAACGAGUUUAUUAUCCCCAGGAGUAUAGUCAGCUCUCUGAUGCGAAACUAAUUUCAAAGAAAAGUUCUAUUCUCACUUUGAACCCAUUUCUGGAUUCGAAUGGAACUAUGAGAGUUAACGGUAGAUUAGCCAAUUCAUGCCUAAACUAUGAUGAAAGGUACCCUUUCAUUAUUCCAAACUCGUCUAACUUCUGUAGAAUGUUUCUUGACUUUGCUCAUAAAACUCUGUUGCAAGCUGACAUUUCCCUAAUGAUGAAUGCAAUUCAAAGUCAAUUCUAUAUACCAGGACUUAAAAGAACUGUUAAAAAAUGUGUUCACCAUUGCUUAGUGUGCGUCCGUUAUAAGCAAAAGCUGAAGUCUCAGAUUAUGGCAGCUCUGCCCCCGGAAAGAUGCUCCUUUUCUUUACCAUUCACUUAUGCGUGUUGAUUUUGCGGGGCCUUUUCAGAUAAAAUCAGGUAACUUGCGAAACUCUCCUUAUAUGAAAGGAUACGCUUGUAUAUUUGUUUGCUUUUCCACAAAAGCUAUACAUCUGGAAGCGUGCUCUAGCUUAU